GGUUGCUAGUUUUUAUUUUAUUUCUAAAUUAACUUAAAUAACGUUUUUUUAAUUUAUUACAUUAAACAGAUGAAUAUCUGCAUAUAGAAAGCAUUGUUCCCAGGAUACCAAUAUGAAAGACCGUUUCUGUUAUCUUAAGCUAGUUAGCUGCUAACCAUUAGCUUUGGAGACGGUAGCGUAUGUGCUCGGCCGGAUAUGCGUCAUCCGGCUGAUGACGCAUAUCCGGCUGAGCACAUGGCUAAUUAACCCGGUGAAUAUUCAUGAGAUGGCCGAGCUGGGAGACGGUGGAAGAGUCGAUUGCAAUACAUGAAGUGCGGAGUUUCAACUUGCCGUCUUACGUGAACAGAUGUCUGAUAAGAGCCAUGAUGUCCAAAAGGAAGGCCAGGAUAAAGCCUGUUGAAGAUGCAAUCUCAUACAUUCUGUCAGCGAGAGACAAGCCAUGGUUUGCAGAGAGAUUUAUCAAUAAUAUCAAAGGAAGAGGAGUGUUUGCUACCGAACCAAUCGAGCAAGGUUCUUUUGUGUUGGAGUACAGAGGUGAAUUCAUAUCAGCAGAAGAAUGCCAGUCAAGGAACUACUCAGAGACACAGAGUGCAUUUCUGUAUGAGUUUGAUUGGAAGAAAAGCCAGUGUAUUGAUGCAUCCAAGGAAGACGGCUCCCUUGGAAGAUUAGUGAAUGACAACCACAAAUAUCCGAACUGCAUCAUGAACAAAGUUAUAAGCUCACUGUCUUCUUGUUUUAUGUCUAAACACCAGGUGACAUCUAAGCAGGCUCCAGCACCAGAAGAAGAGAUGGCUGCGCUUCCUGUUAAUCUGUCUUCCUGUGUUUAUGAUGAUGAUAAGAAUGCUGCUGCUGCUGAUGGACCAAAGGUGACAUCCAAGCAGGCUCCAGCACCAGAAGAAGAGAUGGCUGCACUUCCUGUUAAUCUGUCUUCCUGUGUUUAUGAUGAUGAUGAGAAUGCUGCUGCUGCUGCUGAUGGACCAAAGAUGCAUAAAUUAGAAGAUUUCGGUCAACCUCUCAGUGAUUCAGAUGAGAGUAUUGUGGAAGACACCGAUUAUGAGGAUUCUAUAAAGGAUUAUUCUGAUGUGCAAUCAGACAUUGAAGUUGUUCCAAAGCUGAGAAGGGCAAAAAGCAUUCAGAUGAGAAAAGUAUCCAAAUAUUCUGAUGCCCUCUACAAUUCAAGUGAUGACAUUACAGAGGACACAUCUACUUGGUCUAAGUCUGAGAUGGCUUCACAAAGGCCAAAGAGAGGCUGCGUCCAUCCUAUGCAAAAGAUUCUUGUAGGAUCAGAUGCCUCAAGUGCAGAUAGUGGAGAGGAGUAUAUUCCAGGUCCCAUGGAGGAGAGCACAGACAGUGACUGCAGCUUGGAAAUACCCAUGGCAAAUAAGAAUAUGAAAAAAGUAUCUACUAUUCCAAAAAGAUGCAAGUCUUCCAGUAAGGAUAGGUUCAAGUCUUCCAGUCAGAGCCAGUUCAAGUCCUCCAGCCAGAGCCAGUUUGAGUCCUCCAGUCAGAGCCAGUUCAAGUCCUCCAGUCAGAGCCAGUUUGAGUCCUCCAGCCAGAGCCAGUUUGAGUCCUCCAGUCAGAGCCAGUUCAAGUCCUCCAGUCAGAGCCAGUUCAAGUCCUCCAGCCAGAGCCAGUUUGAGUCCUCCAGUCAGAGCCAGUUUGAGUCCUCCAGUCAGAGCCAGUUCAAGUCCUCCAGCCAGAGCCAGUUUGAGUCCUCCAGCCAGAGCCAGUUUGAAUCCUCCAGUCAGAGGGGGUUUGAGUCUUCCAGUCAGAGCAGCAGCUUUGAAACAAACAAUGGUCCUGCUGAAAGCACUUGUAUGAAUGAAGAGAAGGUGGGGCAAACAUGUACUGAUGAGCAUGAGCUUGAAAACCAUGAAAACAAUGCAUCUGUCUAUGUUAAUCCAGUUUUGAAGAAGGAGGAUGGUUCAAGACGGUAUAACAAGAAGCAUCACUGCUUUUAUUGUAAAAAAGUAGUUCAAAAAAUGUCAAGACAUUUGUUACGUAGCCACAAUGAUGAAAUUGACGUUUCAAAAGCAUUCAGUUCCAAAAAAACUAAAAAGAAAGACGACUGCACUUAG